UCAUCAUCUCCACAAGUACACAAGCCAAGCUAAGGCACCAAAUUCACAGAAUAUCAGUGAAGUCUUGGCUUUACUUGUACAUAUACCUCUGUUUGCUAAUAUUUUCAUUCAAAUAUCAGAGUCCUGUCCUGGUUCUUUGCAUGGUGGGGAUGGGCCAGCAAGCUGCAGAGGCAGCUAAGAACAAACUUGACAUGGAAAUGAAGCUGCCCCUGUCCGGUAUUGAGAUUCUGCAGACUUUGCUUGAUGCCAUGGUGAGAGGGCUGUAGCAGGAACUUGUUACCUGUUCAGAUUCAGAAAGACAAGUUUGUAUCUGAAAAAAUCGAAUGCUAAGUGAUUUAUAAAUUCAGCAGGUAUAGAAGGAUAUAUGUGGUCUUCUAACAUGUGGUGCUAGUUUUUCCAAUUGGGUAGAGUGGAUAAUUGAAAAAAGAAAAGUGGGGAAGUUGGUGGAUCAGAACUGAACUUUUUGGAGCUUCAGAGGCCAUGGGAGUAAUAUGUGCAUUUGAGGAGUAGCUGGAAACAAAGUGUACAUCAGAGAUGUGCAACAUAGCAGGGCGAAUAGACACGGAAGUGGUUAAAAUCUGGAGUAAUAGUCUGAUAUAUGUAUGGCUUCAAGCCUUGAAGGUCACGUAGCACUGGCUUCACCACAACUCGCAGGUCACUAGCAUGGCCAUGAAGCAGGCUAAAUAUCAGUUCUUAUUUUCUUCUUCUGCUACCGUGCUACACCUAAGGAGGAGUGAACUGAAGCUACUUUCAUCGCCAUCUUUCCUGUCCAGCACUAGUUCUGCUCCUAUCUCUUCUUUACAUCAAGGUCAUCUCCGAUUGGUCCCAUCUGCAAGCCCUACAGAACAAGUACUAUUACCAGAUGAUUCUCAUUCAACAACUCCUAAUGGCACCAGCAGUAAUGGAAACAGAAACAAGGGAAGGAGGAGAAGCAGGAGAAAGAGCAAGGAGACAGCAAAAGAAGAAAAGGAACGUGUACCAUCUGCAGAAGAAGUGUCCAUCAGAAUAGCUGAGGCCUAUGAAAGUGGUGACCCCCUUGGGCGGAAGGAGCUGGGCCGGUGUGUGAUGCAAUGGCUAAAGCUGGGCAUGUGCUCAAUGGCCUCCACAUUUGCUUCCACGGAAGUGCAGAAUGAUGGAGCAGCAUUCUCAUUGGAUGGGGGGUCAUCUGAAGGCACCCUGGAGUUUAUGAUUCUGGCACAGCCUUACCUCGCUGCCACUCCCAUGCCCAAGGGACAUGAAGCUCUCUGCCUGAAAGCCUCCACCCACUACCCCACCCUCUUUGACCACUUCCAACGUGAACUCCGGGAGGUCUUGUUGAAACACCAGAACCAGGGCCUUAUUUCUGAUUGGCGCUCCACAGAAUCCUGGAUGCUUCUGAAAAAAUCAGCAAAGUCUGCCCAGCACCGACAAGGUGCCCGCAAACCUAAAGCUCCUGCGAUGCACAAUCUCCUUGGCAUAAGCCUCGACAAGACAAGGCUGAUGCAGACCAAAAUUGAAGACUUUGUCAAGAAAAUGUCAGACCUUCUAAACAUCGAGCGCGAUGCAGAGCUGGAAUUCACCCAGGAAGAGUUGAAUGCCACCCCAACAAUGGAUAGUGCAGCAAAGCAGCCACUCAAGCCAGUCGAGUAUUUGGUGAGUCAUGGUCAGGCAGAACAAGAGCAGUGUGACACUGUUUGCAAUUUGAAUGUUAUCAGUACCUCAACUGGCUUGGGAGGCCUACGUUUGGUUCUGUUUAGAGUGGAAGGUACCCAUAAACUGCCUCCAUCAACACUUUCCCCUGGGGACAUGGUUUGUGUGAGGACAUGCAAUAGCCAGGGCGAGGUUGGCACUUCUUGCGUGCAAGGCUUUAUACAUAAUCUUGGUGAGGAUGGCUGUAGUAUUACUGUUUCUUUGAAAUCCCGCCCUGGUGAUCCUACCUUCUCCAAGUUUUCUGGAAAAAGUGUGCGGAUCGACAGGAUACAAGCAUUGGCUGAUGGACUUACAUACGAGCGGAAUUGUGAAGCACUGAUACUUCUGCAGAGGAAAGGUUUGCAGAAAACAAAUGCUUGUAUUGGGGUAGUAGCCACUCUGUUUGGGGACAAGGAAGACAUGACGAUGCUGGAGCAGAGUAACCUGACUGAUUGGGGUGCAUCAGCAAUACAGGACAAUGGUUUACUGGGGAAGUAUAAGUAUGACUUCGAUGCCUCGCAGUCACAGGCUAUUGCACUAGGGUUGAACAAGAAAAGGCCUGUCCUAGUUAUCCAAGGGCCACCUGGUACAGGCAAGACUGGUUUGCUUAGUUAUCUCAUCGACUGUGCUGUCCGACAGGGUGAGCGUGUUCUUGUAACAGCUCCAAGCAAUGCAGCAGUUGAUAACAUGGUGGAGAAAUUGUCAGGUACUGGGCUUAACAUUGUCCGAGUUGGAAAUCCUGCUAGGAUAUCCCCGUCCGUUUCAUCAAGGUCCUUGGGAGAGCUUGUGAAGAGGAGGCUUGCAAAGUUCACACAAGAGUUUCAGAGGAAAAAAUCUAACUUAAGAAAGGACCUAAAGCAGUGUAUACAGGACGAUUCUUUAGCUGCAGGAAUACGGCAACUACUGAAAAAACUUGGGAAGAACUUCAGAAAGAAGGAGAAUGAAAUAAUCAAGGAGGUACUUUCAAAUGCUGAUGUUGUCCUAUCAACUAAUAUAGGGGCAGCUGAUCCGCUUAUCAAGGAAAUUGGUUUUUUUGACCUCGUCAUUAUAGAUGAAGCUGGACAAGCAAUUGAACCCUCAUGCUGGAUCCCUAUACUACGGGGAAAGAGAUGCAUUCUUGCUGGUGAUCAACACCAACUUGCACCUGUAAUAUUAUCAAGGGAGGCUAUGCAAGGUGGCCUAGGGAUGUCUUUAUUGGAGAGGGCUUCAUCAUUGCACGAUGAACUACUGACUACAAAGUUAACAAUGCAAUACAGAAUGCACGAGUCAAUAGCCAAUUGGGCAUCGAACGAGAUGUAUUUUGGGUUGCUCAAAUCUUCAUCAUCCGUUGCUUCUCGCCUUCUUGUUGAUUAUCCAUCUAUCCAGGAAACUUGGAUAACUCGGUGUGCCUUGCUUUUACUUGACACCCGAAUGCCAUAUGGAAGCCUAAAUAUUGACUGCGAGGAGCAUUUAGACCUGGCUGGAACAGGCUCAUUUUAUAACAGCGGCGAGGCAGAUAUAGUUGCACAACAUGUCGUCAAUCUUGUACUGUGUGGGGUCUCUCCAACUUCCAUUGCUGUUCAGUCGCCUUACAUUGCUCAGGUACAACUUUUAAGAGAUAGACUAGAAGAAUAUCCAGAGGCUUUGGGUGUUGAGGUGUCAACCAUAGAUAGCUUCCAGGGGAGGGAGGCAGAUGCGGUGGUCAUAUCAAUGGUUCGGUCAAACUCCUUGGGAGCGGUAGGGUUCCUUGGCGACAACAGGCGCAUGAACGUAGCCAUUACCAGGGCACGGAGGCAUGUCGCACUUGUGUGCGAUAGUUCUACGAUUUGCAACAAUGAGUUCCUGGCCAGGCUCCUUCACCAUAUCCGUCAGCAUGGCCAAGUAAGGCAUGUUGAACCUGGUUCCUACGGUGGUGAUUAUGGCCUUGGCUUCAGCCCACCUGCUUUGCCUUCCAUCAAUUAGUGCUCCGCUCACUUGCCAGCAAAUCGGCAAUGCUUCAGUAUUCUGUUUCUCCGCAAAUCGGCAAUGCUUCAGUGUUCUGUUACUCCAUGGCUCCAUGCAUAUGUCACCGCAGUUCUUGAGUGGUAAAACUGGGAGGUCCAUCAUUUACUACGGUUCUGAGGCUGGUACUUUUGGCGAUUGGCUGUCCUGAAUGAACUGUGUGGCCAGACCAAGUUGUUUAUCAUGCAGUUUUUGCGUUUAGCAGCAGAAACAAUUAACUGGCCUGGGGUUUGUUUUUUUGAACUUAACUGGCCUGGGUUGUAAUAUACGUACUGCUUACCUGACGAUGGUUGAAUAUUAUCGAGUGUUGCACACUGGAAUAUUCGAUUACAAAGAUGUACACUAA